CAGCUCGCUGAGCCGAGCUAAAGCGGAGAAAAUGGGGGCCCAAAAUACGCGCCCAUAGGCUGGGUCGGGGUCUAGAAUGGAAAGGACUGUCACCCGCGAACGCAUAAGAACCUGCCCUCUGCGUUCACAAUAGUAACCCAUCUCCCGCCACCGACUCCAUUCCAGUACUACCCAACAAAAUGAGCCUCCCGUCUAGGAACACCGACUCCCCGUCGUCUCCUGCACACAGCAGCGUGGUGGACGCACCUAAUAGCUCGAUUGACAAGGAUACACUGUUUCUUCUUUUGCUUCAAGAGGAAAUUGGCCAACGUGGCGUUUCUGACGGCUACGAUGUCAAAAUCGAGUCUCCUUCAGAGACUACAGCGAGAUGGUUCCAAACAGAAACGAGUACACGCGAAGAGGAAAACGGUUCUGCCUCCCCGCGUCAAUUUGAGUUCAGAAUCAUGGUCUCCACGGAGACCAUCACAGAGACGCGCUGAAGAGCAUCGAACAAGGUGCUCAAGCAUCCGUAUACCCCAU